UCUCGGCGCUCUACCGGUGCUGCCUUUUUGGUCCCCUCGUGGGCAGGCGGGCGAUGGCGGCGCUGGUUGUGUCCGAGGCGGCAGAGCCGGGCGGCCGAAACGGCCCUGGCAGAGGUCGGGUCUCUCGGGGCCGCCUAGCCAAUCAGAUCCCCCCUGAGAUCCUCAACAACCCCCAGCUACAGGCAGCCACCCAGGUCCUGCCUUCUAACUACAACUUUGAAAUUCCCAAGACCAUCUGGAGGAUCCAACAAGCCCAGGCCAAAAAGGUGGCCUUGCAAAUGCCAGAAGGCCUCCUCCUCUUUGCCUGCACUAUUGUGGAUAUCUUAGAAAGGUUCACAGAGGCCGAAGUGAUGGUGAUGGGCGAUGUGACCUAUGGGGCUUGCUGUGUGGAUGACUUCACUGCCAGGGCCCUGGGGGCCGACUUCCUGGUGCACUACGGCCACAGCUGUCUGGUUCCCAUGGACCCCUCAGCCCAAGGCCUCCGGGUGCUGUAUGUCUUUGUGGACAUCCGGAUAGACACUGCCCACUUUCUGGACUCUGUCCGCCUCACCUUUCCCCCAGCCAGCACCCUGGCCCUGGUCAGCACCAUUCAGUUUGUGUCAACCUUGCAGACAGCUGCCCAGGAGCUGAAAGCUGAGUAUCAUGUGAGCGUCCCACAGUGCAAGCCCCUGUCCCCGGGGGAGAUCCUAGGCUGCACAUCCCCCCGACUGCCCAAAGAGGUGGAAGCUGUUGUGUAUCUUGGAGAUGGCCGCUUCCAUCUGGAGUCUUUCAUGAUUGCCAACCCCAGUGUCCCUGCUUACCGGUAUGACCCAUACAGCAAAGUCCUGUCCAGAGAGCACUAUGACCACCAGCGAAUGCAAGCCGCCCGCCAGGAAGCCAUAGCCACCGCCCGCUCAGCUAAAUCCUGGGGCCUUAUUCUGGGCACUUUGGGCCGCCAGGGCAGCCCGAAGAUCCUGGAGCACCUGGAAUCUCGGCUCCAGGCCUUGGAACUUCCCUUUGUGAGGCUGCUGCUCUCUGAGAUCUUCCCCAGCAAGCUUAGCCUACUUCCGGAGGUGGAUGUAUGGGUGCAGGUGGCGUGUCCGCGUCUCUCCAUCGACUGGGGCACAGCCUUCCCCAAGCCGCUGCUAACACCCUAUGAGGCGGCUGUGGCUCUGAGGGACAUUUCCUGGCAGCAGCCCUAUCCCAUGGACUUCUACGCUGGCAGCUCCUUGGGACCCUGGACGGUGAACCACGGGCGGGACCAGCGCUCACAUGCCGCGGGCCGGCGGGCGAUAGGGCAGGUGCAGGAAGGCUCUCCGCAGUCCCCACCAGCCGCGGCGUGCGAAGGUUGCAGCUGCAAAGACCAGAAGGUGGCCCCGCUUGCUCCCUGAGACGCUCGAGGUCCCAGGGCCCUGCGCUCCCGAGGAGCAGCUUCGAGGCUGGUGGUUUUCAGAGCAGGAAGUAGAUGUUUUCUCCGCCCUGGAAGAGCCUGCAGUGUGCAGGGGACUGGAGGAAGCCCUGGGGACGGUGGCCCAGGCAC